AUAGGUAUUAAGCAAAGCGAGGUGACUCAGGUAAAAUACGCGAUACCCGCCCAGAGAAGAGGCGCCGACAAUCGUAACUUACGCGGUAGACACGACGGCACACUCCCGUCACGUCCACAAACUCGACCUUGCCGCCAUUCUCGCGCAGCAGAACUCCCAAGUCGACUUGCACGCUGAAGCCUAAGAGACCUCAACGCGCGAUUUUCUCCAAGCUGUCUCGCAUCAUGCGAAGAAUGCACGUACAGAGAACACGUGCAGGAAGACCACACACUUGACCCAGAAGAGGAUCACAGGAAAACACUCAGCCACUAAAACGAGACGCAUGCAUUCACGGUCGGGGAGCUUGCGCUUAUUGCGGGUAAGUAAUGGCGCAUAUAGUCAUGCCGGGGUGGUGUUCAAUACAUGCGAAUCUAGGGUGAGAGGGGCAAAAAGAAGCGAGGCCUACAGUCGCAUCCAGUAUGUCUCCACAGUACGUCCAUCUCUUCUACGUACGUCUAGUCUAAUAUUCCCCCCGGAAGAGAGCGAGAGCGCGCGUUGUUGAAUGCACACGCGUCAUCUAGAUGUUCCCCGAGCCCGCUGAAGUUUGCCGCCGCCGCCUCAUUAGAGGCAUCGAUAAAGACAAGUUCAUUAUCCGCCUCAUGCGCGCCGACCUUGCACGAGGUCAGUACUGUGGCUAUUGUUUCCAGCGACAACUACGAAGGCGCAUUUUUGGUCCGUAUUCAUGUGCGCUGGACUGGCUAACAUCCUCGACGACUUCGAUAGCAUGCGAGGCGCGUAUGCAUUUAAUCAAGAGCCCCAAACAGAUUAGACAAGUUGGUGUUAAGAUAAUUUAU